GAGUUGAGACUAUUUUUGCUAAAAUGACAAAAAUCAUAUGUAAGCUUGAAAUGGGGUCAUAUGUGUGAAAGUAUUCAGAUAAUACCCAGAAAUUCCAACAAGGAAGAUAGUCAAGCACUUCUUUGUAACAAGAAAAAGGGAGAGGAAGACAUAGCUUUAAAUAAUUUACAACUUCGACCGUGGCACUGUCGGAAAUAUGCAAAAUGUGUUACCAUUGGACAAAGUUGGCAGAAGCUGAAAUGUUGGAUUUAUCGGAAAAAUCUAUGUGCAUUUUAUCCCGAUGUUAUUUGAGAGACAUCAAUGCUCUUGUCUAUGAACGAAAGCUUAAUUUAGCCAGAAAGAAUGGAAAAUAUCUACAGUUUGUUGACUCCAAACGCAAUUCGGAAAGUGAUACAUCCUUUGAAGAGAAUCUGUCUUCAUCUGAUUGUGAGAUUGAAGUCAAAGAUCUUGUACCGGUGAAAAAUGAUUCUCAAACUGAAGAUUCACAACCUUGGACAAAUUUUGAAGGUGAAUUCAAGGAUGAUGCGGAAUUAAUGAAAAAUUUGGGACUGCCUGUCUCAUUUUAUGAAACUCGUCUGGAACCAAAGUCACAUAAAAUUGACAAGACAUCACCAGAAUAUCUUGAUAAUUGGUUAAAAAAUAGACUCAAAGACGAAGAAGAGCAUUUUGAAGUAGAUGACAGUGAAAAAUCCAAUCAUGGAGAUAGCAGUGACAAUAAAAUAUAUUCAGAAUGGUUGGAAUACUGGUCUGUUCAGGGCCCAAAUUUAGUUAUAGAAAGCUGGAAUAUUUCACGAAAAAGUUCUAAGCUCGGACUUGAAGGUGAAGAAAAUGACCCUUGUCAGAGAUCUGAUAAAAAUAAAUUAGGAGAUAGAGAUAAUUCCACACUUAAUAAAGAGCAAAGUUUAAAGGCAUCGCUUGAACUAACACCACCACCUAAAAGUUUCAAUAACCAGUCUGAGUUAUCGAGCUUAUGGGAAGAACAUUGCACAGCUCAAUACUGGUAUUAUUAUAUUUGGUACAUGGACUGGAUGAGAGAAUUGCAAGCAGGUGCAGGUGACCAAAACAAUUUGGCGUCCACAAUCCAGAGACCUAGUGUACAUAAUGAAGGAAAUAUAGAUAAAACAGAUAACACUAAUUCCAACCAUAUAAAUGAUGUUGAUUAUGUUGCAUCAAACUUUGGAAAACUUAAUUUGAAUAAUAAAAGAGAGAAAUUAAACUGUAAAGCUUGUGGAAAAAGUGAUUCACAAACAACGAAACAAGGAUCCGGUGAUGCUGGUACAGUAUCAACCAAUAACAGAACUGGGCAAAGUAAUGGUAUUGGCGCUUCUUGUACUCAUUAUCACAACUCGAAAUCUGUAGCCGGGAAUGGAAAUGAUCCACCAGAGGAUGAAGAAAUGACAGAGAAAAUGAAAUCUAGUCAUGAAAUAGAUUCUGAAGAGGUUGCCCAAAUAUCUAAGGAAGAUGAAGGUGAUGGCUCAAUAACGUAUGACUUGACUACAAUAUGUGACACCAUGGGGUUCAAGUUUUCAGAGACUUGUACAACAACCAGUGAUACUGAAACAACUGUGACAUAUGUUCAGGAUAAAGUGAAGAAGAGAAUAGCAAGAUUAAGAAAAGAAGAAUUGGAAUCUAAAAUGUUGAGUACCGAAUAUAAUGACAAAAAAGGUCCAACAACCUUGUCCAAAGCCCAAUUAUUUCUUGAAAAAAUCAAAAACAAUGAAUCAAGCGGUAAAGGAAGUUCAGGAAACAUUGCUGAUUCAUCAUCUGACACUGAUGACUUUUCAGAAUUGCAAUCAGCUGACAAUAAAAUUGAUGUAACUGAAAAUUCAGAGAAGGAGUCGGCAGUAACUGCUGAAAAAUAUGAUAUUGAAGUGCUUCCUGCAUCCAAAUCUGAAAACAGCAUAAUUGAAGACACAAACUCAAACUUAGUGAAUCGGCAAUGCAUACCAAAAUCUGGAAGUGAGCUGGAGACUGGAUUUUUUGGUGAUGCAGAAGAAAGUAUGAUUAUGGAUUCAAAGAAUCAUGAGAAGGAAUCUGCCAAACACAAACAUAAAAAAUUAAGAAAACAAAGAAAUUCUGCGAGUGAGAAUAAAAAACGGAAGAGAAAGCGUCCAGUUAUCCCUAAUGAAAUUGCUUCUGACAGAUCAAUGGUCAAAUAUUGGGCUCAGCGGUAUAAGCUAUUCUCAAAGUUCGAUGAUGGAAUAAAGCUUGAUAAAGAAUCCUGGUAUUCUGUAACACCAGAGAAGAUAGCAGAACAUAUUGCUGAAAGAUGUAGAUGUGAAUUGAUUAUUGAUGCAUUUUGUGGAUGUGGUGGGAAUGCAAUUCAGUUUGCAUUUACUUGUGAAAGAGUUAUAGCAAUUGACAUUGACUCUGUAAAGAUUGAAAAUGCUAAACAUAAUGCAAAGAUUUAUGGUGUUGAUGACAGAAUUGAAUUCAUUUUGGGAGAUUUUUUCAAGGUUGCACAAAGUCUCAAAGCUGAUGUAGUGUUUUUAAGUCCACCUUGGGGAGGUCCAGGAUAUUUGUCGAAAGAAUCAUACAAUUUAGAGGAUAUGGGUAUUUUUGGAUUGAAAGCAUUUAGAAUUGCAAAAAGUAUUACCGAAAAUGUUGCUUAUUUCUUACCCCGAAACACAGCAGUUGAACAGUUGAUGAGAUUGGCUGGGCCGGGAAAUAAAGUUGAAAUUGAACAAAAUAUGUUAAAUAACAAAGUAAAGACUGUUACAGCUUAUUUUGGCACAGAACUCAUUGAAUGGGGUGGACAAGAGAAUGAUAUGUAUGUCCGAAGUGAGACCACCUGCUCUCUUCUUGAUGAUGAUAUAGGUGAGGAAACUGACAAUUUCGAAUCUAUAAAAAGGAAUAAAAUAACCCAAGGUAAAAUUGGAGAUGGUGAUACCAUGGACUUCGGUGUCUAUGAAGAAAGUGGAGCGGAGACUUUUGGAUAGCAGAUGAAAUUGAAACUCUUGUGGAUAUUUAUAUGAUGAUGUAUUUUUGCACAAGAUUUUUGCAAGUCUUGCAAUGAUUUUAAGAACAAUCAUAGUUACCUUCUUGUUUUACAUUGUUCAUAUCCCUAUAAUGAUACAUUGCUGGAAUUAGUCUUAACCAAUAUUAAUAAAAACAUAAUAUGCAUUACAUAGAGAUAUGCAGCUAUUUUAGAUAUGCUUUGGUUUGCAAAUGGUUGUAAAAAUUAUGAAAUGAAACAGCAAAGUCCCGACGUCUGUCAAUUGUACCAUAUGCAAGUCCAUUUUUAUUAGUCAUCGUUUCAACUCGCCAAAGGAUAAGUAGAACUUGCGUCUUUGAUCCAUUUGUGCGCCAUUUUAAUUUGAGAGUCUGAGAAUAAAAUUUUAAAUGAAAUGAAUAUAAGAACCA